AUGGCGGCCCUUCCCGGCACCGUCCCGAGGAUGAUGCGGCCGGCUCCCGGGCAGAACUAUCCCCGCACCGGAUUCCCUCUGGAAGUGUCCACGCCACUUGGCCAAGGCCGGGUCAAUCAGCUUGGUGGGGUCUUCAUCAACGGGCGACCCCUGCCUAACCACAUCCGCCACAAGAUCGUGGAGAUGGCCCACCACGGCAUCCGGCCCUGUGUCAUCUCCCGCCAGCUGCGUGUCUCCCAUGGCUGCGUCUCCAAGAUUCUCUGCCGCUACCAGGAGACUGGGUCCAUCCGGCCUGGGGCCAUCGGCGGCAGCAAGCCCAGACAGGUGGCGACUCCGGAUGUGGAGAAAAAGAUCGAGGAAUACAAGAGGGAAAACCCAGGCAUGUUCAGCUGGGAGAUCCGAGACAGGCUGCUGAAGGAUGGACACUGUGACCGCAGCACGGUGCCCUCAGGUUUAGUGAGUUCGAUUAGCCGCGUGCUCAGAAUCAAGUUCGGGAAGAAAGAGGAGGAGGAUGAAGCGGACAAGAAGGAGGACGACGGCGAGAAGAAAGCCAAGCACAGCAUCGAUGGCAUCCUGGGCGACAAAGGGAACCGGCUGGACGAGGGCUCGGACGUGGAGUCAGAACCCGACCUCCCUCUGAAACGCAAGCAGCGCCGUAGUCGGACCACGUUCACGGCUGAGCAGCUGGAGGAGCUGGAGAAGGCCUUCGAGAGGACCCACUACCCGGACAUCUACACCCGCGAGGAGCUGGCGCAGAGGACCAAGCUGACGGAGGCACGUGUGCAGGUCUGGUUCAGUAACCGCCGCGCCCGCUGGCGUAAGCAGGCAGGAGCCAACCAGCUGGCAGCGUUCAACCACCUUCUGCCCGGGGGCUUCCCGCCCACCGGCAUGCCCACGCUGCCCCCCUACCAACUGCCGGACUCCACCUACCCCACUACCACCAUCUCUCAAGAUGGGGGCAGCACCGUGCACCGGCCGCAGCCACUCCCACCGUCCACUAUGCACCAGGGGGGGCUGGCCGCUGCCGCAGCAGCCGCCGACACCAGCUCUGCCUACGGAGCCCGCCACAGCUUCUCCAGCUACUCCGACAGCUUCAUGAACCCGGCAGCGUCCUCCAACCACAUGAACCCCGUCAGCAACGGCCUGUCUCCCCAGGUAAUGAGCAUUCUGAGCAACCCCAGCGCCGUGCCGCCGCAGCCACAGGCCGACUUCUCCAUCUCCCCGCUGCAUGGUGGGCUGGACUCGGCCACGUCCAUCUCGGCCAGCUGCAGCCAGCGGGCCGACUCCAUCAAGCCGGGAGACAGCCUGCCCACCUCCCAGUCCUACUGCCCGCCUACCUACAGCACCACCGGCUACAGCGUGGACCCCGUGGCUGGCUACCAGUAUGGCCAGUACGGCCAAACUGCUGUUGAUUACCUGGCCAAAAACGUGAGCCUCUCCACACAGCGUCGUAUGAAGCUUGGGGAGCAUUCUGCUGUGCUGGGACUCCUGCCUGUGGAAACUGGCCAGGCCUACUAGGGCCCCUGGGACAACUUGCCCCAGACCAAGUCCCAGUCCAGCCCUUACUGAUCCCUGAGCCUCCCAGCCUCCAUCCUUUCAUUGCCCUGGGGUCCCAGGAGGCCAGGAAAGGAGCCCAUUCCCUUCUCAUAGCCAGUGCUCUGGAGAUGUGCAGCCAGUCUACCAUUCACCUAUGUUCAGGAGCCCAGAGUGACCCCCUUGGAGUCUGCCCCUCCACUGUCUCCCCCAGAGGGUUUCUGGUUAAGCCUGCAGUCCUCCCCCUAGUCAAAUCCUGUCCUGGUCUCUGUGCUAUCUCAGGCACAGAAAUGGAAGCUCACCCUGAAGAGAGUACCUUGGGCACCCAAAGGAGGAUGGUGGCUGGAUGAGGUACUAGAGCCCUUUGGA